GAAACAGCACGAGCAGCUGUCAGGCUGUCAUCUGUCAACAAGUGCCAUCCGCGCGGCUCUCUUCCUCUCCGCGACUGUUUUCAUCAGCUUUUAAUGAACCGAUCAUCAGCGGAACUGUAGCUGCGACUCGUGUAAACACCCGCCGGUCCCGCUGCGUCCUCGGUGACUUUAGGCUCGGCAGAGAUGGCGAAGAGUAGCACACCCAGGAGGUCACUGAAGAGUCUGUUCUCCAAGAAAGAAGUCAGCCACGAUGAAUCGGUGGAGAAGAGUUUGGACAAGAAUGAAGGACAGAAGAAGAGAUUUCAGUUCUUAAAGUUCAAGUCAAAGCCGAAGACUGACCCUGGCCCAGUGAAGGCUGUUCAUGGGAGCCAGCAGCUGCUCAGCGCUGCUGAGCCCAGUAACAGCGCAGAAGAUGGAGGGACCUGGGUCGACAACAUCGCCUCGGACAAGAAGUUAUCUCUCUAUGGCACCUCGCCCAGGUCAAAGGCCUCCAUCCUGCCCUCUUCCUCUCAAGCCAAAGCAUUGAGCUACUCAGAGUUGGACCUUCGUAAGCCCAAAAGGAUUGCUUCCUUCUCCUUUGGUUUUAGAAGGAAGAAGAAGAAUGAUAAUGAAGAGAAUAUCUCUAAGAGCACUACUGUUCUGGAUAGCCCAGGCCUUGAAGAGCCAAAGGAGCCUCCUUUGCGCCUGAGUCAGGUGAAGCUGGAUGAGACUGACACGAAGACGACGUUCAGCGUGUCUCAACCAGUGCUUGACACCAGCGAUAAAUUUGACAUCCCUUCUCCUCCCCCUGUGGCCACAAACCAGUCAGAAUCAUAUUUCACUAUCUCUAAACAAUCAGAGUCGAAUGUUGAUAUAAACAUCCGCCCAGAAGCGAAGGAGCCUCUGACGAGCGGUUCCAAUCUUUCUGCCGUACGCGAGGAACUGCAGAAAGCACCAAUCGCCACCAUCCCGGAGCUGCAGUUGGAUAAUCUAGAGUCAUUAGAGGAGAACGAGAACAUUCCUGUUUAUGAUAACUCCAAUCCUUCUGAACCUACGACUCUUACAGAAAUGACCUUUGCUGUCAACGACCAGUCUGAACCUAUACUUUCAGAUACCCAGCCUCUAAUCGUGCCUGACACCUCAAAUGACAAAGUAGCAGUUGCUGAGUCAGUCUCCCUGAGCAACGGUCCAUGUGAUAAUGACAUCCUCCAGCAGUCUCACAAGACAACAGAAAUCUCUCUUGCUGAAACCAACAGAGAUGCAUUAUCAUACCAUCAACCUGAUGCCCCUGACACAGCUGACAGUACAGCUCAAAACGUUGAACUGUCCUUGGCAAGUGUUGACUCCAAAAUUGACGCCACAAUUAUGGAGUCAACCCCUGUUCCUCAUGCUGACAACUCAACUCUCAGCGCAGAUUCUGCGUCUGUCCAUCAAGAAGUCUCAAUUUCUCGCACUGAGGGAUCUACUCCCGAAACUGCCACAACUGUCACAGCAACCUCCACUGUUCGCAAAGAGAAGAGUACUCAACCUGUCAGUCAAACCGCAAUUUAUGGAGAGUUGUAUGACUCACUUCUCCCCCAGAGUCUUAUCUUGGAGGUAGUGUCAUCCAUCUCAAACCCUCCAUCUCAAAUUCGUACAGAGACAAGACCUCUUAGCACCAGAUCAGAACCCAUCUUGGUAAAAACCCUAAAUGAACAUCACACAGACACAAAUGUUAUUUACUCCCACCUGUCAACAUCACGUGAGCUUUACUCUUCUCCUGGCAAAAUGAGUAAUGCCACAGGUGGUUAUACUAACAAUAAUGCCACCUUCAGCGAGAGUAAGGUGAUUCCUGCUACCUCCAGAUUUAUGUCUAACGAAACUUCUACUGCUUUUCAGCCUCAAAGAAACACAGAUAUCUACAGCAGAUAUCUAACUUCCCCUCUUAAUUCAGCUUAUAAACCAGCUGACAGUGGUAACAUUCCACACUCAACACUGACUCACUCCCUUUCAGAGGUGAAAUCGGACAGUGUUAGCCUCAUUCAAGACAAUGUCAGCUCAGUUUCUGUUGUUCAAAGCCCUGCCCCUCCUGCCUCUGACGAUGUAAUGUCCCAAGAGGGAGAUGCUCAGGUUACUGACUCCAAACGGAGAGCGAUCCUCAUCAAAGAGUUAGUCACAGAAGAGGUGAGCUCAGAUACUGUCUGUCCCUCUCCUGCACCUGAAAAAAUGAGUGCAACAGAGGGUCUUGAGAUAAAAAUUGAAAAAAGGGAGAGCUUUUCUGCACAUUCUGGACUGAUGUCUGGGUCUGACAGGGCUUUAAGUCCAGCAUAUCUGAGCAUGGGAUCAGAUGAUGGUAGUGCUACGGAGAUCUACUACAGUGCCGAAGAGGACAACGCAGAGGAGUACACAGUGGAUGAAAGAAAAGAAAGCCACGUGGUAGAUGUUGUGAAAGAGGCCGGGCUGCGUGAGCAGAUUCCACAAAAGGAAGAGAUCGCAGAAAGCAGGAUAAAAAACAGAGAAGAGGGAGAAUUUAAGGUGGUGAUUGUUAAAACGCAGAGUGAGGAGGAUAUAAUAGGCAAGGAACAAGAGAAAGUGGAUCUCAAUAGCCGAUUUGAAGUUCAACAACAAGUAAGAGGUCAGAGGUCAGAAGAUAAGGUGCCCCAGAUUGUAACAUCUAGGUUUCUUGUUGGCAGUGACGCAAAGAGUCAAGAGAAAGAAGAAGCAGCUACAGUGUCACCACAGAUGAAAGAAGACAGGAAGGAGGAGACAAAGGAGAAGUUACCUGCCACACUGGACAAUGCAGAGAAAAGCAAGGAUGUAGAGGUGUACAAGGUGGAUGAAAGAAAAGAAAGCAGCGUGGCAGAUGUUGUGAAAGAGGCCGGGCUGCGUGAGGAGAUUCCACAAAAGGAAGAGAUUGCAGAAAGCAGGAUAAAAAAGACAGAAGAGGGAGAAUUUAAGGUGGUGAUUGCUAAAACACAGAGUGAGGAAGGUAAAAUAGGCAAUGAAGAAGAAAAAUUGGAUCUCAAUAGCCGAACUGAAGUGCAACAACAAGUAAGAAGUCAGAAGUCAGAAGAUAAGGUGCCCCGGAUUAUAGCGUCUAGGUUUCUUGUUGGCAAUGAUGCAAAGAGUCAGGAGAAAGAAGAAGCAGCUACAGUUUCGCCACAGGUGAAAGAAGACAAGAAGGAGGAGACAAAGGAGAAGUUACCUACCACACUGGACAACACAGAGAAAAGCAAGGAUGUAGAGGUGUACAAGGUGGAUGAAAGAAAAGAAAGCAGCGUGGCAGAUGUUGUGAAAGAGGCCGCGCUACGUGAGGAGAUUCCACAAAAGGAAGAGAUUGCAGACAGCAGGAUAAAAAAGACAGAAGAGGGAGAAUUUAAGGUGGUGAUUGCUAAAACACAGAGUGAGGAAGGUAAAAUAGGCAACGAAGUAAAAUUGGAUCUCAAUAGCCAAACUGAAGUGCAACAACAAGUAAGAGGUCAGAGGUCAGAAGAUAAGGUGCCCCGGAUUAUAACAUCUAGGUUUCUUGUCGGCAGUGACACAAAGAGGCAAGAGAAAGAAGAAGCAGCUACAGUGUUGCCACAGGUGAAAGAAGACAAGAAGGAGGAGAGAAAGCAGAAGUUACCUGCCACACUGGACAACACAGAGAAAGGCAAAGAUGUAGAGGGGUACAAGGUGGAUGAAAGAAAAGAAAGCCGCGUGGCAGAUGUUGUGAAAGAGACCAGGCUGCGUGAGCAGAUUCCACAAAAGGAAGACAUUGCAGAAAGCAGGAUAAAAAAGACAGAAGAGGGAGAAUUUAAGGUGGUGAUUGCUAAAACACAGAGUGAGGAAGGUAAAAUAGGCAAUGAAGAAGAAAAAUUGGAUCUCAAUAGCCGAACUGAAGUGCAACAACAAGUAAGAAGUCAGAAGUCAGAAGAUAAGGUGCCCCGGAUUAUAACGUCUAGGUUUCUUGUUGGCAAUGAUGCAAAGAGUCAGGAGAAAGAAGAAGCAGCUACAGUUUCACCACAGGUGAAAGAAGACAAGAAGGAGGAGACAAAGGAGAAGUUACCUACCACACUGGACAACACAGAGAAAAGCAAGGAUGUAGAGGUGUACAAGGUGGAUGAAAGAAAAGAAAGCAGCGUGGCAGAUGUUGUGAAAGAGGCCGGGCUGCGUGAGGAGAUUCCACAAAAGGAAGAGAUUGCAGAAAGCAGGAUAAAAAAGACAGAAGAGGGAGAAUUUAAGGUGGUGAUUGCUAAAACACAGAGUGAGGAAGGUAAAAUAGGCAACGAAGUAAAAUUGGAUCUCAAUAGCCGAACUGAAGUGCAACAACAAGUAAGAGGUCAGAGGUCAGAAGAUAAGGUGCCCCGGAUUAUAACAUCUAGGUUUCUUGUCGGCAGUGACACAAAGAGGCAAGAGAAAGAAGAAGCAGCUACAGUGUUGCCACAGGUGAAAGAAGACAAGAAGGAGGAGACAAAAGAGAAGCUACCAGCCACACUGGACAACACAGAGAAAAGCAAAGAUGUAGAGGUGUACAAGGUCGUGGCAGAUGUUGUGAAAGAGGCCGGGCUGCGUGAGGAGAUUCCACAAAAGGAAGAGAUUGCAGAAAGCGGGAUAAAAAAGACAGAAGAGGGAGAAUUUAAGGUGGUGAUUGCUAAAACCCAGAGUGAGGAAGGUAAAUUAGGCAAAAAAGAAGAAAAAUUGGAUCUCAAUAGCCGAACUGAAGUGCAACAACAAGUAAGAGGUCAGAGGUCAGAAGAUAAGGUGCCCCGGAUUAUAACAUCUAGGUUUCUUGUCGGCAAUGAUGCAUGGAGUCAAGAGAAAGAAGUAGCAGCUACAGUGUUGCCACAGGUGAAAGGAGAGAGGGAGGAGGAGAAAAAGGAGGAGUUACCUGCCACACCGGUUCAGCAGGUGAACACACUGAUGGUAUGUGACUUUGCUCCACCUUCCAGCAAGCCACAUGGGCAGGGGGAGGGGUCGGAGGGAAACUGGACCGCGGAAUUGGAAACAGAAGACCCCCCUAAUGGAGAGAAGCAACUCCCAAGCCAGAAGACACAAUAUCUGUCUCACAAAGACACUGUGAUUUCUGAAUACAUGCAUGCCGUUUCCAGUCACACAAGAAAGGAAGACACGAUCACACCCAGAUUAAGAGAGGCAGAAGAGCAAGUUUCCCUAACUGCACAGGCAGAUAAAAUAGGUGAAGAGAGCAAAGACAGCACAGGAACAAGCAGUGUGACUACAGCAAGUGCAUUCACAGAUACGUCUGCUGGAGUAAAGGUUGUCGCAGGCACUUUGACACAUAGCACCGAGCUGCAAUCAGAUGCCCCAGAGACUGAACACAAUAGGGCUCCACAGAGUAGUGAGUGGGUGGAUACAAUUACUCGGAGCACAGACAGAACCAGGACGGUGCAGGAGCAGGUGGCAGUCGAGCUGUCAACGCCGAAUGUAGACACACAGUGUCCUGACACCAAAGCUGCUGAGAGCCUAUCGGAGAGACACCAGCAUCCAGCAGAAGCCCAACCCGACCUGAAUCAGGGGUCCCUGACAGCGUCAAGGACGUCCACAGCAGCUUCAGGAGUACUUGCAUCAGAAAGUCAGCCGACUGAAGCUGACAAGAAAUUGGUAGACGAAAUGAAUUCAGGCUACAGCAGCCUGAGCACCAAACUGUCCCUAAAGACUUCAUCUCCCCCUAAAGAAGAUGAAUCUAAAAAUCGUUUCCGCAAGGUAUCCCUGGUGAAUGAGACUGAUACCACUGAGGUCAGCGAGGAUGCAAUGGAUGUCAGCAAAACGAGCACCACUGUCACUGAAUCAAACGGAACAGAUACCAACUCAGACUUCAAAUGGAAAAAUAGAUUUGAGGGAGUUUCUCAGUACAGACCAUACAAAACAGAGUUUUCCUCCUUUACUGAUUCUCCGAGUUACAGAGUGUCUGACACUGACACCAGUCCCUCCCUCUCCUCCUCCUCCUCUGCUCUCCCCGAGGCUACAGCAUACAAACAUCUCAGCAACGCCUAUUCCUCCCCUUUCUCCUCCCCCGCUCCAGACGAACACACUACCCUUGGCAACAGGCUGAGUGACAGGACCACAGUUUAUCUGAGAUAUGAGAGCGAGCCAGCAGAAGCACCAAAGGAUGAGUGGAGGAGGAGUUUAGUGGAGCAGGAGGAGCCUGCUGCACCUGCAGCUGAAAGAGAGGGACAGAGAGAGCGAGGGGGAGAGUCAGAGAGGAUAAAGUCACACUGGGACUCACACGAGCUCCCUGUGUCCAGCCUCUCCUCUGCUCAACAAACCAGCAACGACGUUGUUGACAGUUUCAAGAAAGAAGACGACGACGACUCAUCCCGUUUUACUGGAGUGUUUACGGCCACACUGGUGGAGCUGGUCUCCGAACCUGCAGCUCCUCCCUCCACUCCCCCAGGCACCCCCGAGGAAGACUCCCCCAGCCAGUUUGAUAUGGAUAGCUUGGUGGAUACCCUGAAGAGCAUGGGACCCUCUCUGAGGCCCAGGAACAUAGGCCCACGUGCGCCUGCUCCAGUUCUCAUUUCCUCCCUGCCGCCAAUAGUGGAGGAUGCUCCCAGCCCUAUCACCGCUGACAUUCCUGGUCUCCUAAGUCCCACAAAAAAGAUGGAAGCAAUUAACAACCCAGCCGAGUCCCUCAAAGGACUGUACACUCUGCCUGCUGACCUGGGACUGAAGAGGAGUUCCAACAGAGACACUCGUUCACCACUGGAACUGAUGAAGCAGAGCCAGCAGGACCUGCCGCAGCCUGGAACAAGAGGCCUGAACUUGCCCCAGAGAGCAUCUGCUACCAACAGUAUAGUAAUGAGAAAAUCCUCUGACUCUUCUCCUGAGGAAUUAAAAUCCCCAGCGCUGAAUGGAAAUGGACUACUUCCAUCCUCUACAACUGGCUCUCGCCUGGACAGCAGUGUCAUCUUCGGAAGCCACAGGUCAGCUUCCAUAGAUCAGCCUUUAGAAAACGGCAAGGCCCAUCGCUCUCUCUUCCGCACCAGCUCGCUGCCUGAAACUGGGCCUUUAAAGGAUCGCAUGAGUGUGGGACCAAAAGAGCUCGGUGACCAGAGCACUGAACCAGCAGGGUCCCGCUUUGAUCGCUUUUCCUUCCUGUUGAACUCCUCACCCUCUGCGAGCUCCUUGACUGGGUCUGAAGACUCCACUCGUAUAAGCCGGCCUCCACUGCUGGGCAUGGGCUCGCCGCCCCCCAGCAACAGUCCCACACGCCUCCUCAGCCCCACUGGAUCCAUAGACCUCCAGAGGCCGUUCACCACCACAGACUCCCCCUUAUCUGUGUUUGGCCAGACACAGGGACUGGGGAUGGGGAUGGGCGUAGGUGCUGGGGUACUCAGCCCUCCCAUCCUGCAGAGAAGCUUCAGUAAUGAGGGCACUGCAGGGGUCCAGCAGACUCCAUUGUUCAACAGUUUGCAUGGAGUGUCUCCGUUCCAGAGCCAAGAAGUCGAGACUGAGAGAACUUUAGCAGUAAAAUAUAGGGCCUUCCCUGAUGCCUAUCUCACGAAAGAAAAGGAACAUGGGAAACUCAACCCUCGUCCUGGAAAGAUGUAUAUCUUUGACCGGCCAGGGAUGUGUGGCCAGAGGAUCGAGAUUCGCAGUGAUGUCAUCGAUGCUACAUCCUGGGAGCUUCAGGAGACCAUCUCCAUCAGAGUCGUCAGAGGAGGAUGGGUGAUGUAUGAGAAGCCUAACUUCAAAGGGGAGAAGAUCGCUCUGGAUGAAGGAGACAUAGAGCUCACCUACCCCUUCAGCCCUCCAGAGGAGCAGCUGCAGAACGGACAGGAGGGUGAAAAGCAGAACGGAGAAGCAACUGAUGCGCAGGCAGAGACCAAGCCAGCCCGGAGAUUCAUCAUCGGGUCUUUGCGAAGAGCUGUCAGGGACUACAGCGUCCCAGAAAUCAGUCUUUUCCCAGAAGAGAACGCAGAGGGGAAGAAGGUCAUCUUCAGAGAUACGUCUGAAGAUGCCAGGAUUUUUGGCUUCCCUGUCAAGGCUAACUCUAUCAUCAUAAACGCUGGACUAUGGCUCGUGUAUGCACAUCCCUUCUUUCAGGGUGUACCACGUGUCCUGGAGGUGGGGGGUUACUCCAACCCUGCAGCAUGGGGAGUGGAACAGCCCUAUGUGGGAUCACUACAUCCACUCAAAGUGGGUGAACCAAGAGUGGAAAAUACGAGUGAGCCAAAGAUGGUGAUCUACGACAAGCCAUACUUCAGUGGAAAAUCAAGGACCAUAACCACAAACACGAGAGACUUCAUAACCAGAGUAGACCGGCAGCAAACAGCCUUUAUGUACAGUGUCGGCUCCCUUAAAGUACUGGGAGGAAUCUGGGUGGGCUAUGAGAAGGAAGGCUUCCGAGGCCACCAGUACCUGCUGGAGGAAGGAGAGUACCAGGACUGGAGAGUGUGGGGAGGCAAUGACGCUGAGCUGCGCUCCACAAGGGUGAUUCGAGCAGACCUGACGGACCCCAUGAUGGUGAUGUUUGAACAGCCAGAAGAAGACCAGGAGGGCAUGUCGGAGGAGAACACCUUCGAGGUGACGGAGGCCAUUCCUGAUGUUGAGCUGUUUGGGUACAAAACCUCCACGCGCUCCAUCCACGUACUCAGCGGGGCAUGGAUAGCCUACUCCCAUGUGGACUUCUCUGGUAACCAGUACAUCUUAGAGAAAGGUUUCUAUAAUAACUGUGCUGACUGGGGCUCUCAGGACACUCGCAUCUGCUCAGUGCAGCCCAUCCUGUUGGCUCCGGGUGACAACGCAAGGUCCAGGACUGAGAUAAUACUGUACUCUGAGCCAGACUUCCAGGGCGAAUGUCACGUCUUCGACCGCAACCAGGAAGCCACACCAGAAAAAUUACUGACCAAGUCCUGCCGAGUGUCGGGUGGAAGCUGGGUGGUCUACGAGAACAAACAGUACUCUGGGAACUUGUACGUCUUAAGUGAAGGAGACUACCCCUCUCUAACCAGCAUGGGGUGUCUAUCUGACACCGUCAUCCGUUCUGUCAAGGUCGUGCCAAUGAAGUUCUCAGUUCCCUCCAUCUCUCUGUUCGGCCUUGAGUGUCUGGAGGGCAGAGAGAUCACCACUGACACAGAGAUCCCCAGCAUGGUGGAAGAAGGCUUUAACAACCACAUUCUGUCUGUCAGAGUCAACAGCGGCUGUUGGGUGAUAUGUGAACACAGCAACUACAGGGGGCGCCAGUUCCUACUGGAACAAAUUGAAAUCACCAACUGGCCAAAGUUCAGCUCACUACAGACUAUUGGCUCCAUGUUCCCAGUCAGACAGAAGCGCCGCUAUUUCCGCAUCAAGAGCAAAGAGAGAGGUCACUUCAUGUCAGUCCAAGGCGGCGUGGAAGAGAUGAAAUCAGGACGAGUGGUGGUGGCACCAGAAGUGGAGCCCAUGAGUGACAUCUGGUUCUAUCAAGAUGGCUUCAUCAAGAGCAAGUUGGCCCAGAACAUGAGCCUUCAGGUGAUGGGCAACAUAGAGCCGGGAGCCAAGGUGGUUUUGUGGACAGAGACCCGGCAGCCUAUCCAGACCUGGGCAGCCCAGAUGAGUGGCCUCAUCACCAGCCUUACCUUCCCUGGCUGCGUCUUGGAUGUCAAAGGUGGUAAAACUUACGACAAGGACCAUGUGGUGAUGAUGCCAGAGAACGAAGAGAGGCCAAGCCAACAGUGGGAGAUAGAGCUGCUCUAAUCUGCUAUAAAAACCUCAUGUGUCUUUUUGCUACGUUUUCCUCAGGAGUGCAUCAACAGUGCCUCUCUUUACAACUCCAGAAUAUCCCAUAAAUAUUCUUGGAACCACUGCCACUGAUUUCUUUUUUUUAAAACUCCAUGAUCCAUGUAACUAUACGAACAUUGCAAAUGUAAAAAUGCAACCCAGCACUGAGAAGCUGCAGACAGUUUAGUGCUUUGCAGAGUUUUGUGUUUUUGUUCAUGAAAUUAUUCCAUUUUCUCCAAGACAGAUAAAGCUGGGUUCAUCGCGACUCGCCAAGCAGGAAUAAAUGUAUUUUCCAUGAUGUCCUGAACAACUGUAUCCAAACCCAGCAUGGACAGAACAGACCAGUAAUUGAAUUAAUGAUUAGACCUAUUCAGUGUCUUUGACUUUGACCUCUGUCAGAUGUUAUCAUUCGUCAGCAAUUUGAGUAUUCAAACUAGAAUCUCCCUGUUUGUAUGAUUCCAGGCUCAUGCAAAUCCCCCGACUGUAGAAACACCUGUCGAUAACGCUUUUACAUCUUUGUUUACAUUGGAGCAAACCUCAUUUCUGGACAUGAUUUUACUGGAGUGAACAGCAAGUUGCUACCAGUGCUUUAUACAGAUAGUGGACAAAUGAAGCCAAACAAAUGCGUAGUGUGCAAAAACAUGUAUGCUAUGCUUUUUAAGGUAUUUUUUAUAUGUACUGUAUGUAUCAGUUUGUUUUUGGGGAAACGUUGCACUGCACUGCAUGCAUUUUAUCACAUUGCAUUGUGAAGUGCAGUGAAAUGGGUUGUGUGAGUUCGAUUACCCCAUUUCUUGUUGUAUUUUUGUUAUUAUUGCUACACAAAAAUAUGUUGUCUGCAUCAGCUGUAUGUUAAUAUUUGAUACUAAAGAUGUGAUGUCAGAUGUUAUGUAAGAGGGAGUGGUUUUGAAAUAUUAAUACAAAUAAAACUUGUUACAUAAAACAAA